AUGGCACAACUCGAAUUAUCUAUGUACAAGGAGAAUCUUUUUCAAUAUUUUCGAUUUAUACGAAAUAAGAAGGAUGUUUUAAAUGAACUGUUGACAAUAGCAAGUAAUUUAGAAAAUGCAGAUUCAUCAGAAAAGCAAAAACAAUUAGUGCAACAUUUAAUUGAAAUUAAGAAAAAAACUGGUUUCUCUUGUUCUCCUCGUAUCUUCCCUCNUAUUUUUCUACCUUUUGGUUCUCCUGUACUUCCACUUGUAUACAUAAUCAUUGCUGUGUCACUCGGUGUUGGUGGUACUAAUUCAACUGGAUUAUUUCGACCAAUUUCUCUUAAUUUAUCAAGUGUAAAAAGUUUAAUUGAAUGGAAAGAUGAAACAGUAGCAUUGAAAACAAUUGUUUGUUUUAUUGAACCAACAGAUGAUUUAAAGAAAUUAGCUGAAGAAAAACAGUUAAAUCUUCUUACACUUGAUAAAUUAAGAGAAAUUGGUCGAAAUAAUCCAGUUGAAUUAGUACCACCAACACCGAGUGACACAGCAAUGAUUAUGUAUACAAGUGGAAGUACAGGAGAACCAAAAGGUUGUAUUAUUACACAUGAAAGUUUCAUAUGUGCAAUGUUUGGUGUUGCCGCUGCUAUUGACCUACUACACACAGAUGAAGUUCCGCGUGCAUUAAAUUAUAUGCCUUUAGCUCAUCUGUUUGGCUGUGGAACGACCAUUUCUUUAACUUAUUUAGGUGGAGAAAUUGGUUUUUGGCAAGGUAAAGUUGAGAAAUUGCCCGAUGAUUUUCAUGAUUUUCGACCAACAAUUCUUACAAUGGUGCCUCGUUUACUUAACAAAUUAUAUGAUAAAGCUCGAUCUGAAUUGCGUAAAAAAGGUAUGGUUGGCCGUAUUUUAUUUCGAUUGGCAGUUAAAAGCAAAUUAGCACUUAUUCGACGUGGAAAUUUUUCACAAAAUACAAUAUGGGAUAAAAUUAUGUUUGAAAAAAUUCGCCAAUCGUUUGGCGGUAAAGUUAAUCGUGUUAUUUCAUCAAGUGCACCACUUUCACCUGAAGUUUGUCGAUUUUCACGUGCUGCAUUUUCAUGUUUUUUUGUUGAAGCCUAUGGUCAAACAGAAUGUGUCGUAGGUUGUGCACAAUCAGUAAACGAUAUUGAAGCAGGUGCAACAGGUAUUCCAACACCACUCAAUCAUCUGAAAUUAGUUGAUGUACCUGAUAAGAAUUACUAUGCUAAAGAUGGUAUUGGAGAAAUAUGUCUUCGAAGUAAAGCGGUAUUUAAAGGUUAUUUGAAAGAUGAAGCUAAGACACGUGAAGCAAUUGAUGAAGAAGAAUGGUUACAUACAGGUGAUAUUGGUCAAUGGACACCACAUAUGACAAUGAAAAUUGUUGAUAGAAAGAAAAAUAUGUAUAAGCUAAGUCAAGGUGAAUAUGUAGCACCAGAAAAAAUUGAAGAUGUUUAUGCACGUAGUCGAUUCAUUUCUCAAAUAUUUGUUUAUGGUGAUUCGUUUGAAAGUUUUCUUGUUGCUGUUGUUUUAUUGAAUGAUGGUUAUGUAAAACAAUGGGCAAAAAAUGAAGGAUAUACUGUUGAACCAACAAUAUCACCGGAAUUGAAUGCUAAAUUAAAACAAAUUGUACUUGAUGAUAUGAUUCGUGAAGGUAAAAGACGUGGUUUAAUGUCAUACGAACAAGUUAAAGCAAUUGACUUUAUUAAAGAAGCAUUUACAAUUGAAAAUGGACUUUUAACACCAACAUUGAAGGCACGUCGAUAUGCUGUAGAAAAGAAAUAUAAAGAACUUUUUCAACAGAUUUAUAAAAGCAUCCAUGCUUAG